AUGUCGCUAGGAAGUGACGAGGCGAUGGAUGAUGAUGAUGCGUUUUCGGGUGGCUCGGAAAGUGAUGCCACGUCAACGUAUAGUGAUGAUGAUGGUAUUGUGAUUGAUCCACCUGUGAUGAAAACGGAACGUGGUGGUAGUCAUGACAGUGAAUCAGCUGAUUUCCAGGUAUUGGAUGCCGAAAAGGUGGCUUUGAAAAUGAAUAAAAUCAUAGAGGAUGUUGCAUCAGUGUUACGUCUAUCGACAACUAUCUGUAGAUUACUUUUGCAUCAUUAUAAGUGGAAUAAAGAAAGCUUACUAGAAAGGUUUUAUGAAAGCACCGAUAUGGAUUCGUUUUUCUUGGACGCCAACAUUAUUUCACCGUUUAAAGUGACACGCCGGGGUGAUGAAGGGUUUGCAGAUGUUGUUGAUACGUGUGUUAUCUGCUGUAAUCGUACCAUUUUGACAAGCCUGCAAUGCAAUCAUCGUUUCUGUUAUCCAUGCUGGGAUUCCUAUUUAACAACUAAGAUUAUGGAAGAAGGCAAAGCUCAUGUCGCUUGUCCUCAACACAACUGUGCAAUCAUAGUUGAUGACGAGAAAACUUUGGCGCUAGUAAAAAGUGAAAAUGCAAAGAAAAGAUAUCGUCGUUUGAUAAUCAAUAGUUUUGUAGAGUGUAAUCGUUUGUUGCGAUGGUGCCCGGCUGCAGACUGCGGACGUGUCGUUGAAGUAGGACAUUUGGAAGCACGUCCCGUCAAAUGUACUUGUGGUACAGUUUUUUGUUUCGCAUGUGGACACGAGUGGCACGAACCUGUCAAUUGUAGACUGCUGAAGCUGUGGAUUAAGAAAUGUAACGACGACAGUGAAACUAGCAAUUGGAUAUCAGCAAAUACCAAAGAAUGUCCCAAAUGUCAGGUAACGAUAGAAAAGGACGGUGGAUGCAAUCAUAUGACGUGCAAGAAUGUGGCUUGUAAAAUGGAAUUUUGUUGGAUGUGUCUUGGUCCGUGGGAACCGCAUGGCAGUUCAUGGUAUUCUUGUAAUCGAUAUGAUGAUACAUUGGCGAAACAAGCACGUGAUGCUCAAGAACGAAGUCGCGCUGCACUUCAAAGAUACUUGCACUAUUACAAUCGAUAUAUGAAUCAUCAACAAAGCUUGAAAUUGGAACAUAAACUCUAUUCAAUUGUAAAGUCCAAAAUGGAAGUUAUGCAGCAGGCAAAUAUGUCUUGGAUCGAGGUGCAAUUUUUGCGUAAAGCGGUCGAUGUCCUUUCGGAAUGCCGUCGUACACUGAUGUACACAUAUGCAUUUGCGUUUUAUCUACAAAAAGAUAAUCAAUCAGUAAUAUUUGAAGAGAAUCAGCGUGAUCUGGAACAUGCUACCGAACAGUUGUCGGAGUUUUUGGAGAGAGACCUGGAUCAUGAAAAUCUCGUUAGUUUGAAACAAAAGGUACAAGAUAAAUAUCGUUACGUGGAGCAGAGACGGACAACACUAUUAAAACAUUGUGCAGAAGGAGUGGAGCAUGAUUUUUGGAGGCAAAUGUUAAUUAUCGAUAACUUAUCUGGUAUAACAAUUCAAUUACAGUUACGCAUAUUAAUUCAAUUACUCUUUAUUCUUCUUUUAUUGCUAUUUUCAUCAAAAGCUAUCUAUGCUAUCAGCAUUUGCACACAACCUGAAAUGGCUUGCGGUGCGCAACUUCGUUCAUAUCCAUUGCUUCGAUUAGAAGAGGAGGAAGAAGCUUCCGGAAUGUUGAAUAUUGAAUCAGCUAUGAAUGAUUUUCCGUUAUAUGAUGAAUUUUUUACACCCAAACGUAUAUUUGAUUUUUCAAAAAUUGCUAAUUUAACUGAUGAAAGAAUUUGUGAAUGUUCAAAUGAAACAAAUUGUCAGCUAAAUGAAGAAAAUUUUAUCAAAUUAGAUGAAAUGAUUACGCUUAUAUUUUGUGAUCCAAUCAAUAAUAUAUUUCAUCGUUCAUGUCACGGAACACGAAGUUUAAUUCGCAUUAUUGGUCGAAUUGAUGAAUCCGGUGAAGCACUAACAACUGUAGUGAAAACAUUUCUCUUCUGUAAAUGUGAACGAGGCUAUCGACGAAUUCGUGUGGAAGCUUGGUUGAAUCAUUUAUAUGCAUUUAUUUAUCGAUGUUUAUAG